AUGUCAACUUCGAAGCCCUAUGAGGCUGUCUGGUCUGGCCUGAAAGGUCAGGCAGGUGGAAAUCAACAAGAACUUACCUGCCAGAAAAACAUGAAGAAAUCCCAGGAAAUUAGUAAGGGAAAAAGAAAAGAGGAUACUCCGACUACCUCUCAGAGUAAGCAGCGGGACUCUGAGAUCAUGCAACAAAAGCAGAAGGCAGCCAAUGAUAAGAAGUCUAUGCAAACAAGAGAGAAAUAAUGACUAUCAGGAAAACCUGGGUGCUACUGCAAACUAGGUGUAUCAUAAGCUCU